GGCAGGCCGCCGCCGAGCAGAUCCGGCAAGACAUCUGCGCCUGGCUUGGCAUGCACAAGAAGGACGGCAUGCUCGACGAGCUCGUCCGCGCCGCCAUCGCCGAGGACGCCGAGAACGAGGCGCAGAUGUCGGGCACGGAGCAUGACGCGCGCACGCCGCGCUGCGUGCCUGCCGGUGUUCCUCUGCUCGACUACACGCUCGACCGCCUGCUGCACGCCAUCGCUGGCCCAGACCAGCUCUUCGGGGCGGUCAUGAGCGUCAGGAGUCUGAAUGAGUGGGCAUGCGGCAUGGGGCGCGAGGCGCACGGCCUCACUGCCGCACCAGAGCCACUCCAGCCUGCGCCGACGCCGGAGCAGGCGCUGCAGACGUGUGCCAAGGCCCCGGAGCCGCUGGCGCUCGGAGAUUCCGCCUGCAGCGUGCCCACGCUGGUGGGCGUGUAUGAAGACGUCCUGCUAGUGGAGAGCGGCCAGCGCCUUGACGGGCUGCUGCCAGAGGCUGCUGCGCCCGUGCCCGACGAGCAGGCCGUGCCGCAGGGCAUGCCGCAGGAGUGGGAGGUGCUCGACGACGCCGCGUGGCCCGAGGACGCGGAGGCGCAGGAGGCACUGCGCGCCGGCUGCGAGGGCUCGCCCGACCACGACAACAACGAGCUGCCGGCCAUCGAGCCGCCCGCCGACCGAGCUGCCGGGCUCGAGCUCACCGACGACGAGCCGCCCGCCGGCAGCUCGGACCGCGCUGCUGUGCUGCGGCAGCGCAUGUCGCUGCUGGCCGGAAAGGCCAAGCUGCACACAGCGCUUGGGCUCGAGAGUCCGACCGGCUGGCGCGCGCGCUGGAAUGGUGGUCUCGUCGCCGUCGACGCUGCCGAUCCUCGCUUCCAGCGGCUUGUGGUGUGUGUCUUUGCCAUGCCGGACCCUCCUUCCUUCCGCGCCGUUGCUGCUGCGCUCGACGAUGCCGGCGUGCACGAUCUCCGCCCGGUGCUGGCCGCCCUCAAGUCUAGCCCGGGCGUCAAGUCAAUCAGCCGCAAGGACUGUGCGUGUCUUGCCUGCGCACCAGUAUCCGCUGCUGACGCUGCUGCCACACAGCCGCUGCAAGCAAGAUCGCCAAGACGCUGCGCGACCAGUCGUAUGAGCUGUAUGCCGCUCGCUGUCGCCGGCCGCAGUCGGAGGCUCCGAGCGCAUCGCGCGCAUCGCCUGCACCGAGCGCGUCAAGCGUACUGCCCCGCUCCGACCUGCCGAACGCGCUGUGCGAUGCUCUGCAGCAAGAGGUGCGUGGCGGCCAGGCCUCGUUGCCGCGCCUGCGCCAGCUUGUUGUCGAUGCCCUGCUCGUGCAUCGAGGCGAGGAGGCUGAGCCCCGCUGGCGCACCGUGGCGCAGGAGUACGCCAGCAGCCGCGGCAGGACGGAUGAGGAGCUUCUGCCAGCUCUCACGCAUGCAGCUGGGCUGGGCGGCCCUGCCAUGUGCGCCUGGGCCGAGGAAUCGGGCUGGGGCUGGACGGUCAUCGUGGAAGAAGUUGUGCGCCUAGCCAACGAGCGCCUCGCUGCAGAGCGGGACACGUUCAAUCGCCAAGUUG